CAUCGAUGGUUGCAAUCGAUUGUCUAAACUGUCGAUUCAUCGAAACCGGUGUUGAGCUCCACGUGUCAGUCAAAUGGCAUUUAAAGGCAUUUAAUGGCAACCAAUGACUGUUUUUCUCCAAAUCAUUACUUAAUGAAAACAAUUGGUUAUAAAGACUUAAUAUGUUUUGUUGACCACUAACUCAACCAUACAUUGGACUCAUAUUUGAAGAAACAAUCAUAACAUUCAUAAUAAUUAUUAAAAAAUGGUUUUUAAAACAUUAGUGUUUUGUUUAUUAAGUAUAUCAUUGAGUGGUAUAGUCGUGACAGAAGAAGAGGUGGUAACUCCGGCCAGACUUCUGAUAGAGAAACAGAUUCUCAACAAAUAUUUGGUCGAAAGCCGAGACAUUGUUGUUAACUAUAAUAUCUUUAACGUCGGACAGAGUGCCGCUGUUGAUGUGCACAUCGCGGACAGCAGUUUCCCGGCGGAACACUUUGAUGUGGUCAGUGGUGCUCUCAAAGUGACGAUCUCACGAUUGGCGCCUGGAUCCAAUUUAACGCAUACAUCAGUUGUUCGCCCGAAGAUCGGCAUUUGGGGCCGAUUUAACUUUACGGCCGCUGAAGUGACUUAUUUACCUAUUGAAGACUCAAAGGACAUUCAAGUGGCCUACACUUCUGAACCGGGAGAGGGUUUCAUUGUUUCGCUUAAAGAGUUUGAUAGACGGUUCUCACCCCAUGUGUUGGAUUGGGCGGCAUUUGCUAUCAUGACUUUGCCAUCACUUGUCAUACCAUUCCUGUUGUGGUACAGAAGUAAAAGCAAAUACGAGUCAAUAGUAUCAGCAAAACUUGCGAACAAAAAACAUUAGUUUUGCCAU